AUGAGUCCACAAUCGGAUCAAGGCUUUGGCAGUGAUGGUCCGUCACUUAAAACCAACAUUAUAAAUCUCAUAUCAGCCGUGAGAACGCUAAUGCGAAUUCCGUUAAUCGCCGUGAAUAUUCUUGUUAUUAUAUAUGAGAUAUUACUUGGAUAA